GAAGUUUGAAAAAUAAAAUGGGAAAAAGAGGAAAAAGAGAACAUGGUACUUCUCGAUCUUAUUCACCAACAAAACCCAAUGUUAAAGUUGUUCCAGAUGAAAGAUACUCAAAUUUCAAUAGAUACAGAAAAUAUUCACCUGAUAGUACUUACAGAAAACAAGAAAAUACUGCUAUGAAUAACAGAUAUGAUAGAUCCUCAGGACAUACAACAAAAACAUCAGAUUAUCAAGUAAUUAGUAUAGGUCGGGGUAGACAUAAAAAAUAUGUAUGGAAGAAAAGUAAACCUACAACUUCCCCUGCUCAUCUUGGCAGUGAAGAACAUACAAUGCAGAAAAUUAAGCAGACCAGUGCCAUAAUUAUGAGACAGAUAUUGAAUCCUGAAGAAAACAUCAUAGCCAAAUCCAUACAAGAUAAUAGCCCAAAUAACAGCCUUGAAUCAAUGAAGGAACAAGAAAUUAACACUGAGAAAACCCCAAAGAAUACCUCAAAAAUAAGUAAAAAUAAAAGUAAAGAACAUACAUACAGUGUGGAAGAAAUCCAUAAUAAAAUAAUGUAUCAUUUAACAAACCUAAAUAAAGGGAAGAAAAGAAAUUUAAUCAAUUCCAAUUCUACUGGUUAUGAUGAGCCAAUUCAACAAAUUAUGAAACAAAAACGUCUAGAAAUUUCUAGAGCUCUGAGAAAUAUGUGCUCUGAUGAUAAUGAUCCAAAAUCAACAGAUUUCAUCAAUUCUAUUAUACCAGAUAUGGGUAUCAAGAUUGAAGAUUUACCUCAAGAUUUUCUUGAAGAAUUAAGACACUCCUUUGAUUUUAGUAUUCAAAAUGGUUUCCCCAUGAUGAACAAUUAUUAUCCUGAAAUGAGUUUUAAUACUGAAAUGUGUCAACCACCUGCUUAUGACAACUUAUAUGAUUUUCCAACAACCAGUAAUGAAUUCUCCGAUACUGGUAAUGUUCCUCCACCCAAUUUCUUUCAUUUUAAUGUCGAUGCAAUAGAUCCAACCGAGCAGUUGUAUAAUGAGGCUUUUGAUAGUAGGGUACGAGCUACUGAAGAUAAUUUAUCAUCUCCGUUCAAAAAUGAUGAUAUAAUAUGGAUUGAAAAUGUCUCAUCAGCAAACCCCAACGUACAUCAAUUUUCUGAGGAAAUAAGCCACAAUGAAGAAUUAUCACACAAUGUAAAAUCAGAGGUCAAAGAAGAUAUUCCAGAAAUUCAUGAACCAAUCAGCACCACUAACACAACGAUAUAUGAUGAUUAUUCUUCAGAUCAAUGCAACGAAAUCAUGAAUACAAAAGAUAGUCAUCAACUGCAACCAUCUACUUCAAUCAGCAAUGUCAAUCCAAAAAUUGGAGCUGAUUUCACAUCAGAUAAAUGUAUUUUUAGUCAGUCAACUAAUGAAACAGCAAAUACAGAAAGUAAUCAAACAAAUCCUGGAAAUAAUAUCUCAAAUCCAGUCAGCAAUGAUAUGAGAGAUUUUGAAGCGGUUGUGCAUAAUGAAUCUCAGAAGUCAAGAUUGGACAUUAAUAAUAUGUCAGAUAUUGAAGAACCUAGUAGCUCUACUGAGUUACAUAUUCCCAAGGAAACAGACGAGGCGAACCAAAAUAUUGUAGAAAUCAGGAAAGAAGAUAUUUACAAUGAGAGUCAAUAUAACUUAGAAUUGAAAAAAGAAUGUGAAGAAAGUUGUGAAGAUAAAAAAGAUUUCAGUGUUUUGAAUUUGGGUACCGACGAAGUGAUGAUAAAAGAAGAUGAGGUGAUGGAGGUCCUCAAAGCCCGUGAAUAUUCCGAAGCUUCUACACAAACCUUGAAAAAACGUAGAAUGAGUAUGAAAUUUUUUUUGAAACAAGCGUUUCCCAAACCUCCAAGUACUAUAAAUGUGGCUGUGAGGCGGAUGUCUUACAUAGAUGAUUAUAUAUCUGACCUAAUCGACUAUCGAAAAAAAAUUCUCAGUAAAUAUAUAGCAGUGGAAAGAUUACCUGUAAUAAUCCAAAAAAGAAAUGUCAAGAAUGAGAGAAAAGGAAAAAGUAAGAAAAAUGAAAACAAGAAGAAUGAAGAAAGGGUUGCCAAGAAACGGAAAAACUCUGUCGAAAAGGAAUCGAAUGUAUCAAUAGUAGACACAGAAGCAAGUGAUAAAGUGGAUAUGAUAGUUAAAAAAAGAAAGAAUAACUUGACGGACGAUAAUUCAAAUCCAAACUCAUCAGUUGUAGAAAUUGAAGAGACUGUCGAAAAAAGUAGUUGCUCCGAUGCACCUGUUAAUAGGUUGAUUGAACCACAAGUACCUGUUCAAAAUAUGUUGGUAUUCAAAGAAAUGAAGGAAAGUUUCUUAGAUCUGAAGGUUUUCGAAGACAAGCUGAUGGCUGCGACAGAAAGCGGCAAUAUUGUAUUCUUCAGCUUGGAAGACGGUCGCCAUAUUAAUAAUUUGAAGGUCUCGAAAAAGCCGAUUUCUUGUCUCGUUUGUCUGCAAGCGCCGGACGAAAAGAUGCACAUUUGCGUUGGAUCAUUCGAUGGCUUCCUCAAAGUGUACAACUUUUACAGCCAGUGUUUGUUGAGGACCAUCAAGCUAAGCGAGAAUGCGCAGUGCAUGGAAUGUAAUUGGGACUACCUAUUUAUAGGCGGGUCGAAAGGAUCCAUUUUUAGGUAUUCGAUGAAGAAGAGGGCUAUCGAAUAUGAAGACAAAUUCUACGACGAUUGCAUUUUCGUACUGAAAGCGACACAAGAGGGGGCGAGAAGGGUACUCUUGAUAGGGUCGAGAAAUUCACCUGUCGUCAUCAGAGACGCCAUCAACGGAUUGCAUUUGAGGACCAUGCAGGAUUUGGUGUGUCCCACCGUGUAUUCAUUAGUGAUCCAGAACAAUAUGGUGUAUUGUGGAACGACUAACCUAGAUAUUCUCGUCUUCAAUUUCCAUAAUGGGCGAUUAGAACAUAAACUGAAGGCAGCCAUUGCGAAGGGAAUCGGUUGCCUCAAAACUUUCGGUCGACUUUUGUUCGCUAGUUGUCACAAUGGCAACGUUUAUGUUUAUAAUACUGAAAAGAAUACAUUUAUAGGGAUUAUGGAUGGUCCUGGUGGUGUCAUUACCUCGAUGGAAGUCAUUGUAAACCAAGUUGUGGUGGGUACAUUGUCUUUGAAGUUUGUUUCAUUACCAAUUCCUGAACAUAUAUUGAAACAAAAGUAGAAAUACAAUCUCAGCAAGAAAUAGAACGGCAGAGCAAAUAUAUUGACAGGACAAGAAUCAUCUCUACCAGAUUUAUGUAAAAAUGAAUGAUGAUGUAGAUGUAUAUAUAUUAUAGUUUAUAUUUUUGUAAUAUAAUUAUGUUAAUUCAUC